AUGUCUUUGAUCAAUUCUGAGUAUGGCAGGGCGUCUGAGUUGAUAGCUCUGGCCCGGGAAAUCGCACAUGACUUCGAUUUUCCACCAGAGGAUGUUCGUCGCGCCACAACUCACUUCUUGAAGCAGCUUAACGAGGGCCUCCAGAAGGAUGGCACUUCUAUGUGCCAAAUUCCUUCAUUUGUAACAAAAUUACCCAAUGGCUCCGAAAAGGGCGUCUGCUUGGCCAUCGACCUGGGCGGCACCAAUUUGAGGGUGUGCUCUGUUGAGUUACACGGAGACUCCACCUACUCCUUGACUCAGUCCAAGGCCGUCAUUCCCAGGCACUUGAUGGCUGCACGAACCUACAAGGAUCUCUUCAGAUUCAUCGCUGUGCAGAUGAAAGAGUUCCUGGAGAAGCAUCACCCAGAAGACCUUACAACAUGGUCGCAACUCCUCAAGGAGGGAGAUGCAAUCACUGAAGAAAUACGGCAGAAGCACUGCAAAAGCCUUGGAUUUACUUUCAGCUUUACCUUUGAUCAGCAUACCAUCAACAUGGGAACGUUGCUGUACUGGACGAAAUCGUUUGGUAUCGCUGAUGCAGUCGGUCGCGACCCAUGCGCCAUGCUGCAGGAAGCCCUCGAUGAGCAACUCCUGCCUCUCUUGGUAACUGCACUUGCAAACGAUACCGUCGGCACUUUGGCCGCGAGAGCAUACACAUCUCCGGGUCGCUCUAGUAACGUAGUAGGCGCAAUCUUUGGAACCGGGACCAACGGAGCGUACAUGGAGCGCAUCUCUCGCAUCACUAAGCUGCAUUCACGAGCAGAGUUCUCAACCUCAGACUCGGAUGCUAUGAUGGCGCUGAACACUGAAUGGGGAGGGUUCGAUGGCAAGCUGGAAGUGCUGCCUUCCACACGAUUCGACCGAGACUUGGACCAAGACUCUGUCAACCCAAACGAUCAGCAUUUCGAGAAGCGCAUAUCCGGCAUGUAUCUUGGCGAGCUACUCCGGCGGAUUAUCAUCGACUUUUCAUCGUAUGAUCAGAGCCUCUUUGACUUCAAAGUCUUAGGAGACUCGCCGUUAUAUACACCGGAUAGUAUUGACAGCUCUUUGCUGUCGGCAGUUGUUAAGGAUUCAACAUCAACGCUUGAGGGUGCGCGUAAGGAGAUAUCAAGAGUACUCGGUGCUACAGACGUAUCAGCGGAUGAUGCAAAGGCAAUACGGAUUCUUUCCGAGGCUAUUGGACGUAGAUCAGCCAGGCUAUCUUCUAUUGCCAUUGCAGGAGUGGCUCUUCAGUCUGGAGUUCUCACACCCAAAAGCAUAGUCAAGCCAGUAGCGACAACAUCAAGAGGCUUGGGUAUCAACAUUCUGAAACCCUUCAUCUAUGGAGCACGAAGCCUGUGGAACCUGCUUGCGAGUUGGCUUCAUGUCAAAGUCCGGUUCGCAGUUCCGUCAAAGGGCACAUCGAGCGUAUUUCCGGGACUCAGGGACGGAGGCAAUUGCCAAGCGGAAGCUGAUGACGAGAACUCGAACGAAAUCAUCGAUAUCGGGGUUGAUGGUUCUUUGAUUGAACACUUCCCCAACUUUGAAGAGAACCUGCGAGAAGCCUUGAGAGAAAUUCCAGAGAUUGGUAUUGUGGGUGACAAGAGAAUCAGGAUCGGCAUGGCGAGAGAUGGGAGCGGAGUGGGGGCGGCCUUGAUUGCAUGGGCGGCGAGAGCCUAA